GGCGUGCCUGCAUCUCUUGACUGCUCCCUUCAUAAUGAGUGUUUUGUUGUCGAUUAUGCGUGGCUCAUCACGUCCAUAUGUCAUGAUGAACUAGAGCAUAGCUGUUGUCUGUCCACCAUGCGUCAUUUGCGUCCCGUAUCGCAGUACUCGAAAAUACUCCUUGGUCGUAUCGCGCAUUAUAUUGCAAGUCAGGUCUACUCAAGAAGUCCCCUUGAGGCUAGAACGUCUGGCUCUUUAUGGAGUCUUCUCAUUGGCAGGAACCAGCUGCAUCACCAUAUCAAACUUUUGGUUGCGAACAAUGCCCCAAAGGGGAACAGGGCCGACCCGUAUAGGGAGCGGCAAGCUGAUGCUGAUCCGACGCGUUUACCCGUGAUCAAUUCCACGUGGGAAGUAAAUCCAUACAGAAUCAGUAACUUCCCCAUGAAGCUCGUGCAUGACAAGUUUAUAUUAAGUUAUGAACAGUGCUCUUGUCUGCGCUAUACAACUUCAAGUCAUCCCAACAACUCCCUCUGA